AUGGAGACGGAGGCGUGGGAGCUGGCGGCCGAGGAGUACCAAGAACUUCUGAGGGAGAUGCUGGAAAAGAAGCUCGCCCCCAAUUUGCCCUACGUGAAGUCUCUGAUGCUGGGGUGGUUCGAGCCCCUGAGGGAUGCCAUCGCCAGGGAGCAGAAUCUGCAGAACAGCAAGGAGAAGAAGACAAGGGCAUCGUAUGCGCCGUACAUUGGGCUUCUGCCGGCCAACAAGAUGGCCGUCAUUGUCAUGCACAAGAUGAUGGGUCUACUGAUGACUGGUCAGGAGGAAGGUUGUGUUCGGGUAGUUCAGGCUGCCAUCCACAUUGGCGAGGCCAUAGAACAAGAGGCAAUAAUUCUUUCCCAUCUCGCUCUAUGGUUUUUCAUCUACAAGAUCAAUGUCCGUCAACGAAAUGACCAUUGUUCCUUCGUCACUUCUUUGGCUCCAUCUUGCAGGUCAGAAUCCAUAAGUUUCUCAAGAAAUCUAAGAGAACACGAGACGGGGAUCAGAAUGAUCAGAAUGAGGGGGCAAUCAAACAACGCGAAAUCCUCAGAAAACGCGUUCGGAAGUUGAUGAAAAACAGACGAUCAGUUGAGAUUUGUAAGCUGGUGAGGUCCGACGAUGAGAUAAAGCCUUGGGGCCGCGAUGCCCAGGCCAAGGUCCGCUGCUCUCCCUUUUCCUUGUGUAAAAUGUUACCCUUUUUGUGCUUUCUCGAAUGGAUUCUGAGGCAUCUUCUGCAUCCCUUUUACUCAGCUGGGAAGCUGUUUGGUAGAACUGCUGAUGGAGACAGCAUUUGUUCAACCUCCAGCUCUUCAGUCAGUAGAUGUGCCGCCAGAUAUCCGGCCUGCCUUCAGGCACACUUUCAGGCCCGUCUCGAAGGAAGACAGGUAAGCACGAAUUUUCAUUCCUUCUUCAAUUGACACUGGUAGUACGUAUAACAGUUCUGAUCUUUUUACUUUCCCUUGUUAUAGGAAAUCGGGGAAGAGAUAUGGGGUUAUUGAAUGUGAUGCGCUCGUCCACGAAGGACUUGAUAGCACUGUAAGAUACAUAGCAAACUAUUUCUAUUCUGCGUUGUCUAUUUAAUAGAAUAAAAACUACAGAUAUCAUGCGUUAUUCUCUAAGCCUUUGCCUUAUGCUCUUUUCAUGUUUGGAUUUUUUUUUUUCGGACUGCUCUUUUCUUUUGCAUUUAAUGAAUUUUUAUUUAAAUUUUCAGGCUAAGCACAUGGUGAUUCCCUACAUGCCAAUGCUGAUAAACCCAGAAAAAUGGAAAGGGUAUGAUUGCAGUUGUAUAUUCUCUGAAUAUUUUGACAAAUUUUAUGUUCUCUACAUUGCUAUAUUUCCAGCUUGCUUUCCGGGUGAAGGAUUAUUUUUGCCGUUUUUUAUCUCUUUUAUGUCUUUGGUUAUAACGUCCUUUAUUUCUAAUAAUGAAUUGCUGCAAGUUUUGCACCUAACAAUGGCCUCGAAUAUUGUGUGCUUUCUGGCUGGGAAAAUUAUUGGGCUGGGAUUCUAUGGCUUUGCCAAUUGCUGAGUACCAUAUAAUAAUGGUUCCGAAAUGGCUGUUGUAGAUGUGAUUAUGGACAUGAUCCUGCUCCAUUCAUUUCUGAUUAUUUUUUAGUUGGACGCCCACGCCCCAAUACAUUUAGCAUGGUAUUAGAGUCGAUAAUUGCUCUUGGGCCGAACAAACCCCAUUAAUGCUGUUCACGUGAAAAAACCGAAAAAACGUCUUAAAUAGUCCCCUAUUUGUCAUGAUAUAAAUAGAUCUGUGUCUACAAUGAUCAUUGAUUGGCAAGGUAGUUGUGAAUUGGAUGGCCCAACUCUGAAAGUAAAUAAAGGAUAGCAAGGAAUUUUUGUAUCAGCUCAUGUAAAGGGUACCCAUUCGUGGGCUGAUUUUCCAUCUAUGAAGAUUUGGUUCAGUUCAAAUUCGUUAUGGGGGUGAAGAGUAAAAUCCAGUUUUUUCUUGGCCAUAAUGGAAGGCUAGACCGAGAGGUUCUAUGCUACCAUUGCGUUUCGUCCUCAGAUAGCUGAUCCUUUGAUGAAUUCAUAGAGGACUCUGUAGUGCUCGUCUUUUUUGGAUCAAAGAGACUAAUGUGGCUACAUAUUUCGAAUGAUGAUGUUUCGUCUCCUGUCUUCUAUGGAGGAUUUUAUAGACCUAAAAAUGCUGAGCUUCUACAUCUUUUUUCCCCUAAACAAAUGCCUCUGAUUGGGAUCAUUAUGAAGGAGGAACAUACUAUAAGAUGGUUUAAUUUCCUUUGAUCACAGAUGAUAUUUUCCAGUACCGCUCUUUGGGUGACAUCUUGAUGUGGGUAGAUUCUAUUUCAUCUGCCUCAGACACCCCUGUCUCUUUUGGGAGGGGUUUGGGGGGGGUGGCGGUGGAUCUUUUUUCUCAUUUCAGCUAUUCUGCCUUUUCUUAAUUUGUAUUUAUCUCCAGUUCUAUCAGUUCAACUUCCUUCACUGAUCUCUAAAAAAGAAAACACCGGUGUGCAUGAUUCUUUUAGGAAGGGGGUUUAGGGGAUAUUAAUGGUUUUUUUGCUUGGGUUUAUAUUUCUUUGACAGUUCCAACUCUUCAACUUCCUAUAUUGAUCUCUGUUUGACGUAUGUUUAAGUAAACUGAGCAGUUUUUGAACCCUUUUUUUUUUUUUGAUUGUGAGAUAUGUGGAUCCUUUCCUCACGCAGUUGGCCAUUUAGAUGAAUAAUAUGUUCAAUUUUAUUUUUCUCAUCAUGCUUUCUGUGUGAAUGUGCUCAAUUUUAUUUUUCUCAUCGUGUUUCUGUGCAGGUAUGACAAAGGUGGACACUUGUUCUUACCUUCCUAUGUGAUGCGCACGCAUGGAGCAAAACCACAGCAGGAUGCGAUUAGAAGUGUGCCAAGGAAGCAGUUGCAGAAGGUCUUUGAGGUGAUAAGUCUCUCUUGUUCUUCUCAAAUCACAGUUGACUGGUCCCCUUCUGUAGGUUGUGGCACACUGCAUGCUGUGGGAUUUCCACUUAGGUUUGAAAAGAUGGGCCGUACUGCCUUGGGAAGUAACUAGGAAUAAGAAAUGUCGAUUCAACUCUGUGGCAUAAGUUCCUGGUUUCAGAAAAGUUUAGGAUGAAAGUAUCAUGUGAAGAAUUUUAUAGGCUUAUUUUUUUAUUAUGCGAGUAAAACCUGUUGUAAACAUAUGUCUAUGAUACCAUUAAAUAUCAGGGCACUGUAUGGGGGGUAUCUUUGAUAGGUAUGUGGCCAUCUUUGGUGGGACAGACGCUCAUCAGGGGCGUAUGUGAUCUCAUUCUUAGGGCAGUUUAUGACUAAUUAACAUGUUCCUUGCAAUGGAUAAACUAUUUCUCUUGGUGUUUAUGAAAUGAACAGAUAAAACUCAUGGUAUAAAAAUAAGAAUGGGCAACAGAUAUCUUCGGCUACUUACUCUUCUUAGUAUGGUAUAAGCUUUAUUUACUUUCUCUGAAUGGCCUGGGGUUUACGUGCAGGCUCUGGAUACUCUUGGAACCACCAAAUGGAGGGUGAAUAAGAGGGUACUUAGUGUCAUUGAGGCUAUCUGGAGUGCUGGUGGGCGGACAGCAGGCUUAGUCGACUGUAAAGAUGUGUGCACCAAAAUUUCACUUUAAUAUUGUGCCUUAUUUUUAUUUAUCUGUUAACUUGCUAAACUAGGCAAUUAUAUUAUUUUAUUUUCUUGGUCCGCAGAUCCCUAUGCCUGAAAAGCCGGACUCAGAGGAUCCUAAUGAGAUACAAAAGUGGAGAUGGGAGUCCAGGAGAGUAAAGAAGGCCAACAGCGAGAUGUAUGCUCAGCGCUGUGAUAUCGAGCUCAAACUCUCUGUAACAUCCUGUGCUCAAAUAGAAAAUUCUGGGUGUUAUAAUUUUUUUCAUAAAUAUUUAUUGUUAUCAAUUGACUCUGAUCAUCAGGUUGCUAGAAAGAUGAAGGAUGAGGAUGGUUUCUAUUACCCGCAUAAUCUCGACUUCCGGGGCCGGGCAUACCCCAUGCACCCACACUUGAAUCAUUUUGGCUCGGAUUUGUGUCGGGGGCUCUUGGAGUUUGCUGAAGGGAGGCCACUGGGGAAGUCUGGGUUGUACUGGUUGAAGAUUCACCUUGCAAAUUUAUAUGCUGGGGGAGUAGAAAAACUUGCCCAUGAGGAGCGUCUCUCAUUUGUGGAGAGUCAUAUUGAGGAUAUAUUGGAUUCCGCGGAGAAGCCUCUUGAUGGGAGACGCUGGUGGCUGAAUGCUGAGGACCCUUCGCAAUGCCUGGCGGCAUGCUUCAGCCUCUCUGAUGCCCUAAAAAGCUCAUCGCCCUACAGUGGUGUCUCCCACCUGCCCAUUCAUCAGGUACCAUCUGAUGUUGAGCAGUUGAACAUAAUACAUGAUUUCACAGAGAUUAACUGUGCAUUGAUGACCCCACGUUCUAUGUUGUGGUGGUUGAUUCUAGUUAUUUUUUGUUUUGCUUUUUUUUUUGUUGUCGGAGUAGCAUAAAAUGACCCAUUUCAUGCUAAAAGGACUUUCAUACUCCCUUCGAAGGAAUAGAUAAGUAAUUUCAUCAUUUAGUGUCGGAUUGUUGAGUUUUUUUUUUUCACUUCUCUUGUCUUACUUAGUAAGUCAAUUUUAGACCCAAGGAUCUGAGUAAUAUACCUCUGUUUCUCUCUCUUUUUUAUAUACGUUAUGAAUGUGCGGUUGUACUUAAGGUUGAAGACCAAGCUUCCAUCGUCAAACCAAACUUUUCCUUUGUUACUUGUUUCUUGGUGGCAGUCAGUUAUAUAUCUGAUCAUUUUUUGGGUAUUUUCUUGGAUCUCCCUUGGAUUUAAUCUGCGGUUACCAGCCUUUUCUUGAGUGAAGCAGGAGUGCUAUGGUCUCCCUAGCCACCUCUGUUUUAAUAUUCUGAUGCAAUAAAGGUUUAACUGCUUUUCAGGAUGGCUCAUGUAAUGGUUUGCAGCAUUACGCAGCUUUAGGGAGGGACUGUGUAAGUUCAUCUUUCAUUUAAUUUAUUCAUUUUUUUUUCUAUAGUUUGUGAUGAUUAAGUUGUGUAUCUAGAUUCUUGACCACUUUUCUAAAUUUUCCCAUGUUUUCUGGCUGUAAUUCUCAGCCAGGGGCUGCUGCGGUUAAUCUGGUGGCUGGGGAGAAGCCUGCAGAUGUAUAUUCAAGGAUAGCUGCUAGGUAUGAGAUAUGGUUUCAUAGUGUCAACGAAUAAUCUGCAACAUGAAUUGCUUUGCCUAUCAUUUAUCAGCUGUUCAUGUAUUUCUAUUUAUAUCUGUGAGAUUUCUCGUCUAUAAUUCUCCAUGUUCUAAUCAUUAUUUAAGAUGAUAUGAGUGCUAUAUUUUCAAUGUUCAGUUCAUUCCUAAUACUGUCCCAAAUCUGUGAAGGGUUCUUGAUACCAUCAGAAAAGAUUCGGAGAAAGAUCCUGCCACUAAUUCAAAUGCCCCACUGGCCAGGAUUUUACUCAAUCAGGUUUCUUAUUCAGAAUCUACAGCGUAGAUUUCCCUGUUUUGUGCUAUUAUUAUAUUCGAUAAAUGUUUUCUAACAUUUCAAUGAAUGAUUUUGGGUCUUGGUAGUAUUCAGGUGGACAGGAAAUUAGUCAAGCAGACGGUGAUGACAUCAGUCUACGGUGUGACAUAUGUUGGGGCGCGGGAACAGAUUAAGAGGAGAUUGGAGGAACGAGGACUCAUCGAUGACGAGAAAUUGCUGUAUCGGGUAUCUUGCUAUGCAGCAAAGGUAUCCAUUCUUCCGUCAUCUAAUGCAAGCAUCAAUUUGCUUGAAUUGAUUUAAUUAAUUCAACUAUAAUUUUCCCUAAUUACACAGGUGACGUUGGCUGCCUUGGAAGAAAUGUUCCAAUCAGCACGUGGGAUCAUGAGCUGGUUGACUAGUUGUGCAAAGGUGGGAUCAUCAGGAUUGGAGCCUGUUUAAGCUAGUUUUGAAAUCUUUGCAACAUGAAAAUGAUCUGUACCAUGACUCUAAUGUGGGCCUUCUCAUGAAUAUAUGAUGCGCAGGUCAUGGCUUCACAGAACCAGCCUGUGAGAUGGACGAGCCCUCUUGGUCUCCCCAUUGUACAACCCUAUGUGAAGAGUGAGAGGCACCUUGUAAGUUCCUGGUUCCUUUAGAAGAUUAUCAUAUGAAAAUCCUUUCGGAGACUCAGAUUUUCUUUGGCUGUCUGCAACCUACUGGAGACUAAAGGAAUCUUAAUUCAAAUCCUAUCAUGCUGAGGAUGGGGUAUUGAGUAGAAUGAUAUAUUUAUUUUAUAUUAUUUUAUUUUAUGUAGUCAAAUCAAAAUAACAAUCUCAAAUAUAGUCCGUUUUUUGUGGCAGUACACGUUGUUUCGAUUAAGGUUACUCGAAUUUCAUAUGAUCUUUUUAUCAGAACAUAAAAAUUUCCUGGGCAGAAAUCCUAGUGAUACGGUUUAAGCUGGUCCAAUUCCAGAUCCCAGUUUCAAAUGCUUUCUGAGUUUCAAGUCCUCUAGUUUCAUUGAGUGACUAGAAUGAUAUGGAGUUUCUGUAGCUGAUCGCUUUUAGGCUAUCAAACUAGCAGCUGAAGCAAGAAUAUUUGCAGCCAUCAUUCAAAUAGUUAUUUUCUUGUGUAAUGAUGGAUAAUUUUGCCCAAUUCAUGGUAUUUUUCUCUUGAGCAUUUUCCUCAUAUUUGUUUUCUGCUUUUCAUGGUUUCAGAUCAAAACCUCCCUUCAGGUGUUGUCUCUACAACGUGACAGCGACUCAGUAAGAUCUAGCUCGACAUUGCUCAAGUUCCCAUCUAUGUUACUUGCUUGUAGACGAGAGUCAUAGGUGUGGAGAAAGAAGAUUAUUUUCUGUUUGCCUAAGUGAUGCCGCUUAAUGGCCGGCUGCAGGUUGCAGUCAAACGGCAGGCAACUGCGUUUCCUCCGAACUUCGUGCAUUCACUUGAUGGCUCACAUAUGAUGAUGACUGCCACUGCAUGCAGGGAUGCCGGCUUGGAGUUUGCAGGUUUGCUUUCCAGAUUUGGCAUUCUGAGUGAUUUUUGAAGAAGAAUGAACCUUCAUGGGUCUAUUUUUUUAGAGGAUUUUCAAUCACUGGAAUAUUUUAAUUUUCUAGGUGGGAUUGUAUGAUUUUUAAUGGAGAAAAUCGAUGUUUUUCACGUGGUGAUUCAUAUCAAAAUGGAACUCAUGCAUUUUUAUUUUUUAUUUGAUGAAAAAACCCUUUAAAUCAUGCUCGAAUUAAUCUGAAAUGAACGGAAUCUGAACAUAGGGGUGCAUGACUCAUUUUGGACACACGCGUGUGAUGUUGAUGAGAUGAAUCGGAUCUUAAGGGAGCAAUUCGUGGAGCUCUACAGCGCUCCAAUUCUUGAGAAUGUGAGUGAAUACAUGGGAGCUCUGAUUAUUGUCCGAUUUUUUCCAUUUUUGCUUUGGUCCGCUCAUCAGUUGACUUUUGUUUUUGCUGUUGUUGUUGUUGGUCUCGAAUUCAUGCAGCUGCUCGAGAGCUUCCAAUCUUCCUUCCCAACAUUGACAUUUCCACCCCUGCCAGACCGAGGCGAUUUUGACCUGCAUGAAGUACUGACGUCUACUUAUUUUUUCAACUGA